AUGAAUUCAAUAAUGAAUUUUAUUAAAAAUAAUAUAAAACCAUUUCUAUUGACAUCUGGAAUAUUUGGUAUAACUGGCUAUGGCUACUUGCAGUACACAGCAUAUCAAAAUAAAAGGGAAUUAUAAAUCAAAAAGGAGAACGAAGUAGAGUUCAAAGACAAUACUCGUCCUCAAAAUUAGUACUUUGGUUUAAGCUACGGAUUCAGGGCAGACCAAAUUGUGUUGGAUAGAUUGGACUCUGGCGAUUUGGUGUUUAUGAAAUUCGAAUGCAUGGAGUGUAUUUCAGUAAGCGAUAUAAUCAAAUGUCAAUAUUCUCAAUUCACUAAACCAUAUCCUCAUUAUGAUUCCUUGGGAAUAAUCUUUAGAGAUAACAGAAAUGUUUAUGUGCUAUACAAUCGAUUUGGAGACAUCGUAAUAGAAGAUUAUGCUGAAUUUUUAUAAAAUCCAUUCUGGAAUGAAAUUACAAUCAGAAAGAUAAUCACAAAAAAUGAAAUUCACAAAACUCUUAAACCUCUCUUCUACAACGAAGAUUAUAAAUAAUAAUUUGCCAAUAAACCCUUCAUUCCAAUAGUACUCAGAUCAACCGGUUUGAUUGAUUAGAAGUACCAAGACAAAUUAGAUCAAGUGUAUAUUGAGGAUUUAGAUGUUGAUGAAUUCCCCUUUUUUAUUGAUGGAACUUCCCUGGGACCAAAAAUUAAUGUCAGAACUAAAAGAAACAAGGACCUGGAUGCUAAGUGAAAACAAUAUAAAUAUAUAAACAUAUC